UGCGCUUAAAAAAAAAGAUGCGAUUUUCUGUACUUUCAGUAAUGUAAAGUGAAUUCAAGAAAAUUGAAUGAGAGUUCGAAGAAAGUUAAUUUUAGAAUCAUCAAGAACGUACACAUAACAUGUAAUUAUACAUUAAAUUCAGUUUUAUGAAGUUAUAAUGACAGAUUUAGAUCCAAGUCUUGUGCCACAAGUCAGGUCAUUUGACAAUGACCUGGUAUAUAUAUGGAGCAAAAAAUUUGAAGGAAAAUCAUUGACUGAUGCUGAAUUCAAAGAAUUCUGGGUGAAGAAUGUUCCCAUAAUAUACAACCCAAAAGCUGCUACACCAGGAGAUGAGAGUGUUAUCUUCACUCCUUUGGAGCAGUUCAUAUGUGGCAGUAAAAAUACUGCUCAAGUGUUUGAAGACUUGAAGAUGCUCAAUGACACUCCUUCAUUAUGUGGAAAAGUCUUUAAGUCUGGUGAACCUACCUAUUCAUGUAGAGAAUGUGGCCUUGAUCCCACUUGUGUCCUUUGUGUAGAUUGCUUCACUCAUAGUGAACAUAGAAAUCAUCGCUACAAAAUGAGCACAAGUGGAGGUGGGGGCUAUUGUGAUUGUGGUGAUGAAGAAGCUUGGAAGUACUACAGUUUUUGCAAUAAUCAUCAUGGCAAAUCUCAGACUAGUGAAGAUGCAAAUCCUUUGGAAAAAUUAUCUCCAGAUCUUGUGGAGCGCUUUCGUUUAGUGUUAAAAACAGUUCUGAAAUAUUGUCAUGUUAUGCUUACCUGGGAACAACCUGUAGAUCUUCCAUCUGAUUUAAUAUUUCCUUGGCAAACAGCAGAUGGAAGUGAUAGCUCUGAUACUUAUUGUACUAUUCUAUACAACGAUGAAACACACACAUAUGAGCAGGUUAUAGACACCUUAACCAAAGCAAUAAAUUGCAGUAAAAAAGUUGCUAUUGAUUAUGCUACUACAAUUGAUCGAGAAGGAAGAAGUAUUGUCAAAUGCUCUACAUUUGCAGAGUGUAAUCAAAUUCGACACUACAUCGAAAGGGUUACUUCAAGACUUGCUAGCAAACUCAAAGUUUCUGUCAUGCAUACAGAAAUUAUUGCUCAUCAAACAUUUGCUCUGAAACUGCUCAGUUGGUUACAGACUAUUAUAUCACUAAAUAAAGGUUUCUGCCAUGUUUUAACUGAAGAAAUUCUACAAGAUAAUCUGCUAGAAAGUGUGAUGUGUGCAGAUACUAAUCUAUGGAAAACAGCCCGCAAUCAGUGGCAUCAGUUAUUUAUCACAGGGAUGUUGAUGGACAUGAAAUGCAAAAAGGUUUUUGCCAAAGCUUUUAUUUUAGCUUACCCAACUUUGAUGAAGGAAUUCAUAGCAGAUGACCAUGACCAUUCUAUAUCAGUGACUUCUCUAUCUGUACAAAUAUUUACAGUGCCUACUCUGGCUCAUUUCCUUAUUCAGGAACAUGAUGCAAUGAGUGUUGUCUUAAGAACUUUCAUUUCAGAAUGUAAAAGGAACCAUGUAAAUGCUGCAAAAAAGCUUUAUUUUCAAAGAAAUUUGAGUAAUGGUCCUUUCAGAAGAGCACAAUAUAUGCUGUAUGAUCUCAGCUACAUUGUUGCAGUUGUUCCACCUCAGUGGAAUGAUGCAUUACGAAAAAAUAUUUACUGUGGUAUGAAAAAUUUCUUUGAAUUGUUAGAAAUGAUGCAAGAUAUGGAUCCUGUUGUCCGGCAAGUAGGACAACAUGUUGAAUAUGAAGCUGAAUGGGAAAGUGGAAUAAAUCUCCAAUUAAAAGUAGCACCUAUAGCUACAUUAUUGUUGAGAAUGUGUUGCAGUGAUUAUUCAGUUUUUGUAAAAACUCUUAGAUCUAAUAUCAGGCAUUUUGAAUCCUCACAACCAAAAUGUAAUUUUAUUGGAGUAGAAUUAGCCGAUCACUCAGCUUCUUGCAUUGAAUAUGAUGUUGCAAUUGAUCCUGUUUCGAUUCACCUUCCCUUGGUUCGUUUCAUGGCUGGUCUCUUAUUGCGAUUAGGACAAUUUAAUUUGACUUAUCAGGAUUCAAAUUUCAUUAUUGAAAAUGUAGAAAGACCUAGUCCUGAACAGUUGAUGGAACUUCCUCUUCGAACUUUAGUUAUGUUGGCUCAAUUUAGGGCAGGUAUGUGGCGAAGAAAUGGAUAUUCUUUGCUUAAUCAAGUGUAUUUUUAUCACAAUGUACGGCUUCGGGAUGAGAUGUACGAUAGGGAUAUAUUAAUGCUUCAGAUAGCAGCAUCAAUGAUUGAAAGUAAUGAAUUUGUUAUACAUUUAAUUUACAAAUAUGGAUUACUGAAUUGGGCUGAUGAACACUUUGAUGGCUCUGCUCGUAAACCUGAAGAAGAUAAUAUAAGGCAAGUUAUAACUGUAGCUGAAGAAUUUCUUAGCCUUGUGUUGAUUAUUUUAUCUGAGAGAUAUACACCAUAUCUGGGUGAAGUUACUGAAGCGGAAAAAGUCAAGAAAGAAAUAAUUCAGCUUCUUUGUAUGGAACCUAUGCCUCACAGUCAACUAUUCAAACUUUUACCAAAAGAUCCUUGUUCUGAUAUUGCCUUGGAAACUGUUGUAAAUGAAGUAGCUGAUUUUAAAAAAGCUCAUGGUCCUGGAGUGGGUAAAUAUGAACUGAAACCUGAAUUUUAUAAAUGUUUCAAUCCUUUUUACUAUCACUACACUCGCGAAGAACAAUCUAAAGCAGAAGAGGUCCAAAUGAAAAGGAAAAAACAACUUUGUGAAGAAGUUUGCUGUCCUCCUCCUGUUCCUCCUAAAUUCGCUCCUCGUUUUGCAAUUAUCACAAAUAUUCUGCAAUGUGAUGUUCUGCUUCACGUUAUGGAUAUUGUCCUUAGGAGAACUCUAGAUCUCCAUUCUUCUGCUUUCUCUGAAACACAGCUGGAGAAAGUUCUUCAUCUGAUGGGUCUAGCUUUGCAUGAAGAGGAACGUGCAUUAAAAUCAGAUAAGGAAAUUUCCUUUUUCUGUUUUACUGCCAAAGCUCAUAAACGAGUAUUUUUAGGUUUAUUGGAGGAAUGCCUUAAAUGCCCACGAGUUGAUGUCUGUGGAGAACCUCAGAAAGAUCUUAUUACUUGGGUUAUUAACAAAUUCAAAUAUGUUGAGAGUCUUCAUAAACGGAAUGAUGAAAAAAUGCAAGGUGCUGAUGUUGCAUCGUCAUCUACAAGCACCAGUAGAAAUUCUGCCAGAGAUCGUAAGCGUAAAACUGAAAUGGCUGCUGCUCGUAGAACAAGAAUCAUGGCUCAGAUGUCAGCUAUGCAAAAGAAUUUUAUUAAAGAGCAUGCUGACAUGUUUAAGGAAACUUUAAUUGAAGAUUCCAGUUUAUCAAAAUCUGCAAUGGAUAUUUCUUCUGAAAUGUGUGAAGAAGAUCCUGUUUGUUUCAAAAGGAGUUCUAACUGGAAAAAUCCUGCUACAAAAAUGUACACUUGUAUUUUAUGCCGAGAAGAUCAGGAAUUGAGUUGUUCAGGAAGAGCAUUAGUUCUUUCAGCAUUUGUCCAGAGAUCUUCUAUCUUGUCUAAAAAUCGUAAACGUCAGUUACAUGAUGCUUCUAUUUAUGAUCCUCUUUUAAUGCCUGCGGAUCUCUUUUGGGCAGUGCAUGCAAGUACUUGUGGACAUGUUAUGCACAGCGAUUGCUGGCAAAAGUUUUUUGAAUCUGUUGUGCAUAAAGAACAAAGGCGGCCUGUAAGAUUUGGUCGACAUACUAGUUUUGAUGUGGAGAAAAAGGAAUUUCUUUGCCCAUUGUGUGAAAGAUUAAGUAACAGUGUGAUUCCUCUUAUCCCUCCAUUAUCAACGCUUGCACCAUCAGAUGUAUAUGCCAAAACAAAUGUUGUUUCAAUUGAUGAAUGGCUAUUGAGCAUGAGAAAGAUAACUGAAGUAUUCUUUGAAAAAAUUGACUAUCCCAAUGAAGAUGGUGAUGCUGUGAAACAUUAUCCUUAUCAUUACAAGGCUUCUGAUAUUAAUGAUGCAGUCAAAGAAUUACCUGAAGUGAAUCGGGAAAAAUUCAAAGCAAUAUUUGCUAUGUUUGAAAAUGAAGAUAUAAGUGAUUCUGGGCCUUCUUUCUCCCAAAAUUUAAUUGAUAUGAUGAAGCUUUUUGCUGAAGCUACUUAUACUGUUGGUUUCAAUGCUGAUAUAGAUCCUACAGAUGUUCGAAAUGUUUCAAUGGCAUGGUGGACAUGUACUUACACUAUCCAUGCCAUGGAGUGGCUCUUAAGGGACAAAAAGAAAGCCCUCUUUGGGGCCCAUUCGUCAAGGAAUGCUCUCUGCCUUGAUGGUAUUAUCAGGUUCUGUGGUACCAGUCUACGAAUAUUUGACCAAGGUGUCAUUCGUACAAACUGUGUUCGCAUCCUUCGUUAUCUACUCUUGAGUGAGCACUAUCUUUCAAGCCCCUCGUGCUGUUUGGACUUGGAUGCUUUCUCUAUGCUUGUCUUUCUUACCCUGUCCAUACCUGUACUGUUCAAACAUUCCAAUCCGGACACGGCUCCCCUCCAUCCUCUUGGAACAACCUUGGACAAGUACAUUCUGCAUGUCAUUCUAACCUUACACUUUGUACAAGUGCUUCUUACGUAUCCAUUUCAUGAGGAAGAGAAUAUGGAAACAGACAAUCAAUCUUCAGUAAAUGAGUCCUCUGGGCCUCAUGGAGAGAGUGUCACUGCUCUCCUCUUUUAUGAAGAAGUAAGGACUGCAGCAGGAUUUGACCAGGGCAACCCUGCUCCAUCUGGGCAUACCAUUGUCCACUGUUUGAAGUCUGGUUCUCUUCCAUUUUUGAGGUGUGCAGCAAUUUUCUAUCAUGUUUUGACAGACACACCGGCACCUCCUGCUCUCCAAGAGUAUAGGGACAAUGAAUUUGAGAGCAUUUGUAGUUAUCUUGGUUUGCCUCCUACAUUGGAUGAGCUACUAGCUUCAACCUCUUUGAAACAUUUGGCUUUAAGUUGGUCUCGGCACCCACGCACAUUACAUCUGCUUAUGAAUAGUGAUCCUACAGAAAUUGAAAAUUUAGUGCGUCAUCCUCUGCAGAUCAACAAACUGGUUCCUUUGCCUUCUGACUACAGUGACCUUAUUAACAGCGUCUCUCAAUUUACUUGUCCGAAUUCCGAUGGCGAUGACAGUCGCAAUCCAACUAUGUGCCUCGUGUGUGGUGAAGUCCUCUGCUCGCAGAGCUACUGCUGCCAAAUAGAUCUUAAUGGAAGCCUUGUGGGUGCUUGUACUCAUCAUGCCUACUAUUGUGGAUCUGGAGUUGGAAUUUUUCUUAGGAUUAGAGAUUGCAAAAUUUUGUUGCUUUCAGAUAAAAAUAAAGGUUGUUUCACUGCACCUCCAUAUGUAGAUGAGUAUGGAGAAACUGAUCAAGGUUUAUACCGUGGAAACCCUCUUCAUCUCUGCCGUGAGCGUUACGAAGAGCUUCAUGAACUGUGGUUGAGUCACAAUAUACCUGAACGGGUUUCUCACAAUAUGGAACAAUCUACUACUUUGCCCAACUGGCAACUAUUGUGAUGCCAUUCUUGUCAUAUAAAUAUCUAUUUAUUUUAUAUUUUGCUUCUUUUUAGUUGUUUUUAAAAUGGGAAACAUAUGUUUUCCCUGCGAUGCUUUUUAAUUUUUCAAUUCUCAUUUGCUACUAUUUUGUCCAUAUCUAAUACUGAUGCAGCUUUUUUGUCUUUCUUUUUUACCAAAGUUGUUACAUUUUUCUUAAUGAAAAUGAACUGGACUGGUUUGAAGAUAAAUCUGUUGCUUCUUGAGUUGAUAAACUAUGCAAACUUACACUUCUUUCUGUAACUUAGUUGAUAUUUGGGUUUGCUAUCUGAGUGUUAUGUGUGAAAUGAGAGAUUUUCUCCUCUAUUUCUUGUUGUACAGAUUUCAAGCCAAGCUAUGCAAUUUUCCCCCUGUUAAUACUGUUAGGCUUUCAUAAUAAAUGCAAUCAAGGGCUCAAAUUUGGUGACUGAGAAGACUUGACCUAAAUGUAUAAUUGAUUAUCUUAAUAAAAAAUUUUUAUUUCUAGUGUA